AACGUGGGUAGAGCAUCUGUGUAUGUUGAUUACACAUGACGGAGAUGCCAGCCAGCAAGAAGGCGCCCAUCUUAUGAUGAAGGUCCCAUUUCUUGAGUUCUCGCAAGACCCGUUCAACAUUCCCACAUCACCAGCUUUUGUUGAUUUAGCCGAAAAGAUGCCAUCUCCAAGGAUGCUCAAAUCUCACUGUCACUCGCCAUUCCUACCCCCAGGUAUCCGAACUGAUGAUCCGAAAGCAAAGGUGAUUUACAUAGCCAGAAACCCGAAGGAUACGGCUGUCUCCUACUACCAUUUCUGUCGUUAUGUUCCGGGACUUCCUACGUAUGAAUCGUGGGAUGUUUUCUUUGAGGAGUUUCUCGCCAAUAGGGCUCCUCAAGGAUCCUGGUUUGAAAACGUGUUACCAUGGUGGAGAAAGAGAAACCAUCCUAAUGUUCUCUUUCUCAAGUACGAAGAUAUGAAGAAGGAUCUUACAGGAGCCGUACGACAGAUAGCCGAAUUCAUGGGGAAGUCCCCCUCUGAUGACGUCAUCGCUAAAAUCGCAGAAGCUUCGACGUUCAAGGCAAUGAAGAACAACCCUGCAUCAAAUCCCGAUACUCUGAUAAUGGCGGGUAUAGAGCAGGCUGGAAUGGAGAAACCAAAAGACGAAUCAUUUAUGAGAAAGGGUGUUGUUGGGGAUUGGAAAAACCAUUUCACUGAUGACCAAAAUAAACGAUUUGACGAGCUAUAUGAGAAGCAAAUGGCGGGAUCUGGACUUGAAUUCGAGUUUUAGGAUUGCUGUUUAGGCAGAAAGUUUUAAUUGGCUCUGUCUUUGACACGAGUGAUAGAACUUAUUGAAUAUUAAUUUCUAUCUAUAAAAUAGUUUCGUUUUUAUAAGCAUUGUGUACGUUUCCUAUCAGUACUUAAUUCAUGCCAACUCAUCUACCGACCAUAUGGUCUACUUUCAUUUAGUCCAAUGCCAUUCCGUCUUUCAACAUUUCGUCUAACAACCCUUUUGUCUAAUAACCAUUUGGUCCAAUUAUCACUUCGUCCAAUCACCAUUUUGUCUAUGACCAUUUCGUCUCAUAACCAGUUGGUCGAAUAUCCAUUUUAUUUUCAUUCAUUUUGCACAAUUAACACUUAGUCCAAUUAGACCAAUGGUAUACUGGACUAAAUGGCUAUUGAACCAAUUAGUUAUUAGACGAAAUGGUGAGUGGACGAAUUGGCAAUUAGACCAUGUGUGUGGAUAGUGGACGAACUGAUGGGAGACCGAAUGAUAGUAGAUGAGUUGGCAAUUGGACGAAAUAUGGAUUAAAAAUAAUUCAUGAAGAGCAUAAUAUCUGAUGAAAAAAAGUAUUAAGACAAUGUGUAAUUGAGUCGUGCAGGAAGAUCGUAAAUUUUCAUAUGAGUACAAUAUUAAAAAAAACCAAAGACGUUAAGAUUCAGGCGCCUCAUGAACUUAGCAUAUUUGAGUUGGCCUAUCUAUGAGGGAAAAAAAAACAAGUACUUGUAGUGACGAUGAUGAUGGUGAUGAUGAUGAUGAUAAUGAAGAGCAUUUUGUGAUUAGUGCCAUCGCGGCGCGUUUUAUGGCGCGCCGGCUCCUUAAACGUGUGACACAUUAUUCACACACUUGCUGGAAAAGAAAGGUCUUAGUUCAGAGUUGAAGGUCUCAAUAUUGUUACAAUGACAAGGUUGGACUGAAAUUCAUUUUAAAUCAAUAAACCAUGGACCAUAAUGAAAUCGAAUGACAUUUAACAACGUCAUUCACUUUGGAUCUAAACACUUGCUUAAAGCAUUAUUUUUUUAGGCUAAACUUAUUUCUAUUUUUGUUUUCAUUUCCAAGGGGAUCCACACUUUACAAGCUUUGCUUUUAGUGGACCCCACCCCAUUUCCAUUGUAUCCGAUUUAUAUUACUUUGUAUUAUGUUUUGAAUGGAAAUGGAAUAAAGAAUUGAAUUGAAUUGA